CUUGCAUCUUUUAUUGGUCUAAAUACUGUAAUACUUUUUUAAAUAAAAAAUUCAAGCUCGCAUCGACACUCGUCAUAUAAUCAAAUAAGCAUCCAUGGAAAACAUUACAACAGCCGCGCCCGAGUUUGAGUCUGCUCAGCCAAGCGCUCCCGCUACCACCUCCAUUAUUACCGUCCGAGUCAUCAAGAACUUUGAAUAUCGCACCAGCAGAAACCUCAUUCUCCAUGUUGAUAUUUCCCUGACAACUGUUGGAAAACUGAAGGAAAUGUGCCGCGAAAUGGUCAAAACCAAUCCUGGCUUUAAGGCAUACUCCACCUGCGGGCUGGACACGCUCAAAAUAUAUACGCAAGCAUUUGGAAACAAGACCCAGAAUCUCAUCAUCAACCUCGAGGAUGAGGGAUUCCUCAACGACGACAGUGCCAUGCUCGACUUUGUGGGCAUUAGAAAUGAAACCGAACUGUCGAUUUUCAACAGGGAGGCGUACGAGGCAUACAAGGCGAACCCCGAGAUGAAGUGGUAGUGCUGAACCAUUCUGUGUGGGCUGAAUUUGCCUGAGGUUCCCUUGAUAACUGAUUUCUUCAAAAUGAGCGAGCAAACUACCUAUUACAACAGUAAAUCACAUUAAAAUUUUAAAGUUGCAAUAGUUUUUAAUAGACACGCUUCAUCAUUGAGGUUAUGAUAUAAUAAUAAAGUUUUGCUAUUAAAACUUGGCUCAGGAGCCGUGAUAAAUAAUAUACUGCUAACUUUGUUGCCUUAAAUAUAUGGAGCCGUGCUUCUCAUCCUUCAAA